AUGGUGCUGAUUAAAGAAUUCCGUGUGGUUCUGCCAUGUUCAGUUCAGGAGUAUCAGGUUGGGCAGCUUUACUCUGUGGCAGAAGCCAGUAAGAAUGAGACUGGUGGUGGAGAAGGAAUUGAAGUCUUAAAGAAUGAACCUUAUGAAAAGGAUGGAGAAAAGGGACAGUAUACACACAAAAUUUAUCACCUAAAGAGCAAAGUCCCUGCAUUCGUGAGGAUGAUCGCUCCCGAGGGCUCCUUGGUGUUUCACGAGAAAGCCUGGAACGCAUACCCCUACUGUAGAACAAUUGUAACGAACGAAUAUAUGAAAGAUGAUUUCUUCAUUAAAAUUGAAACAUGGCACAAACCAGACUUGGGAACGUUAGAAAAUGUACACGGUCUAGAUCCAAACACGUGGAAAACGGUUGAAAUUGUCCACAUAGAUAUUGCAGAUCGAAGUCAAGUCGAACCAGCAGACUACAAAGCUGAUGAAGACCCAGCAUUAUUCCAGUCCAUCAAGACCAAGAGAGGCCCUCUGGGACCCAACUGGAAGAAGGAGCUGGCAAACAACCCUGACUGUCCUCAGAUGUGUGCCUAUAAGCUGGUGACCAUCAAAUUCAAGUGGUGGGGCCUGCAGAGCAAAGUGGAAAACUUCAUCCAGAAGCAAGAAAAAAGGAUAUUUACAAACUUUCAUCGCCAGCUUUUUUGUUGGAUUGACAAGUGGAUUGAUCUGACAAUGGAAGACAUUAGGAGAAUGGAAGAUGAAACUCAGAAAGAACUAGAAACAUUACGUAAUCAAGGUCAAGUAAGGGGCACCAGUGCAGCCAGCGAUGAGUGA